AUGAGCCUGACUGUCACACCUGACCACGGAAGAGCAACGAGGAAGAUGCGUCGUCUUUUGGUGACGCCAUCAAAUAAUAUUGGCUCCGUGUACAAGCGAGUAAACAUUAUGUCCUUCACUAGCAACGGUAGCAUCGACUUUAAAGAGUUCGUGCUGAUGAUGUCCGACUGUUACGCCAACAACGUGGCCAAUUUGGUGGAGACUGGCACAAACGAAGGAGGUGACAUGAGUCGACAUUGGCCAGAACCGGCUCAGAGAGGCCAGGACUCUAACGAAGCCAUCUACAGGCGAGCUUUUUCGGUAAGUCAGAAAGCGUCUCUACGCCUGGCCAGGGCAGCAUGUGACCUGGUUUUUGCAACCUAA